GAUGCAGAAAGGAGGUUAUUACAAAAGAAGUUUAGAUUGAGCUGAGGGGAGAAUAAAAUGUCCAAGUGAAAUGCUAGAUCGUUUGGACUUACAGAAAUGUGGUGUCUCGUUUCGCUGCCGGACUCGGUUAUCAAUGAAUUCAAGUUAACUGAGAAGGCAAGAGGGCAACUGUUAUUAGAUCAGGUUUGUCAGAGAUUAGGUAUAAUAGAGGUUGACUAUUUUGGGCUGCAAUUUACGGGUGCAAAAGGCGAAACACUAUGGCUGAACACAAGAAAUCGUAUCGACCGACAAGUAUCCGGCAACGCGCCAUAUCGAUUAAAUUUUCGUGUCAAAUUUUUCGUGCAGCCUCAUCUCUUGCUUCAGGAUUCUUCCAGACGUCUCUACUUUCUUCAACUUAAAAAUGAUUGCUGUGAUGGGCGAAUUAUUGCUCCUCAAGCCACCAAAGCCCGCUUAUAUGGUCUCAUCGCCCAAGCAACGACCGGGGACCACAACGAUUCUCCAUCGAUCUGCAGCUACUGCAGGAACGUGGAUGCCGAAAGGCGAGAGAGCUGGACUUCGGACUCUGUGGCUGCCGAACAUGGCAAACUCACGGGAGUAAAAUCAACCACAGCUGAAUAUCAAUUUUUAAAAGAGCUUGCACAACUUGAAAACUAUGGAACAGAGUUCCACACGGCGAAAAAUGCGGAGGGGAAUCACCUAAAUAUUGGAGUUAGCAGCGAAGAGUUGAGAAUCUAUGACUCAGAGUUCAAUUUCAUCGAGAGAAUAUCCUACAAUGGUCUUAAAAUGGCAACACAUGAUGGCAAGAGUCUUUAUUUAACGCUGAUGGGAAUGGAAGGAGAUAGUAUCCUGGAAUUGAAAUUACACACACAAGGUUUAGCCUGCGCAUUGUACAGAUCCAUUACAGAAUACCAUGCCUUUUAUCGCUGUGAAACUGUGCGAACCGCYGUAAAGUCCCAGUUCACUAGAGAUUUCAAAGAGACAUUUUUCUCAUUAUUCAACGAGGAAGAAUCUGAUAAAAAGUACAUAUUUGACGUUCGAAGAACUUGUAAAGAGGUAUAUGAUCACUGUAGGAGAGUGUUAUAUAACCAAGGUCGCGAUCCUAUACACAUGGUACCUUAYRUGCUUGAACAGGAAGUUUCAGUUCAGGAGUUGAAUGCCAAUGAAGCUACACCUCAUGACAGUGAUUUUAAGGAGAAGCUGCACAAAGUCGAGUAUGAUCUGCGGUGCAAGAUYUGCAUGGAUGCUGAAAUCAGUACUGUGUUUUGUCCGUGUGGGCAUAUGGUUUCAUGUGAUAUCUGUGCUGAACAAUUGAAGGCAUGCCCAAUGUGUCGYGGUGAAAUUACAAAUAUCCAAAAGGCUUUCCUUCCGAUAUCAUUGAACUGUUGAAAUGACGGUAUGAAUAUUAUUGAACUCAUGAAAGACACAAAUAUCGUUACAUUCGUCAAAUGAACAUUAAGGUGAAUGAUGAUGAUGAUGAUGAUGAUGAUGAUGUUUGCUUUAAUGAUUCCAAUACCUAUAGAUGAUUAUUAAUUUUAGUAAUUAUAACCAAAACUCACAAAAAAUUGAGAAACAUUAUUCAGUUGUUCCUACAUAUUUAUUUUUAGUGUAAAAAGUGUAGCAUAGGACAUUCAUAAAGCUUUACAGUUUUCUACGCUUUAGUAUUAUUUAUAAUAUUAGAUAUUUGGUUAAGCAAAGUAGAAUUUAUCCAAUCUUGUAGUUUAAAAGUUUCACUUCUGAAAGAGUACAACUGUAAGUUCUGAGCUGAUAGACAUACAUAUAGUAUGUUAUAACUAAAAAACUGUAGRUAAUGAAAAUCCAGUCUUUUUGAAGUAAUAGUUAAGGUUAUAAUUGGCUAUAAWUUGCUAAAGUAAUGCAUACUUUCCUGUUCAAAUUCUGGAWAUAUGUGGAAAAUGGCACYGCAGUAUCUCUAGUUCACUGAGCCUKCUUGAGAGGUAAUGGUGCUUCGGCAUAGUGAGCUUGUUUAAGAAAAACCUAUUUUUCAUACAUUGGGUAGCUAUGCACAGGCAUGCUCUGGCUCUUCUCACAGAAAUGCAAAGGCACAGCUACCUUUUCAAUCUUUGCAAGAUGUCUCAGUGAAUUGAGGAGUAUUGCYACAUACUUAUUAGAUACAUUAUUCCAAAUUUCGAGAUUUGUUGUAACAGAGUGAUAUGCUGUAGAUUAUAUCAUGGGUCUCAUUACUUGUUUCAAAACCAACUAUUCGAAAUCUAUGCUUAAUAUUACAUGUAUGUMCAAUAUUAUUAUUGAGUACAGGGUAUAAAAAUAAGUGCUGAACAGCGUAGCUAAGGGCUCUCUUUUUGAUUGGCUCUUAUUUUUUGCCCUGGAAUACAUAUUUCAUGGACUGGUAAAAAAACUAUUAUCUGUAUAGCAUUGUACACUGUAGAUAAAACUCUUACUUACCUAGUAUUAUACACGAGGCCAGAUAUUCAUACAAAGCUUUAAAGGGAUUAGGGAGGGGAUUAUUACAAAGUACUUUUAUUCUGUGCAGCACUUUACAACAACAUUUAURAGAUUUACUUAUGUCACAAUAAGUCACAUCUAUAAAGCUUAGAGAGCUGYGGGUGUCUUCUUUGAGUAUACAUUGCUCCAAUCGGGCAGAUUGUUCAAAAUGUGAUUAAGUCUAAUUAUCCUUUGAAAAUCUUGGCCUAGAAGAAAGUUAUUUCAAUUUUCCUUAAUGUUUUUGUAAAAUUUAUCCCUUGAACAAGAAUGUUUGCAGUGGAUAGCACUAACAUUCACUCUCUUAGUCUACGGCCAGACAAUAACUACAGAUGGAAAAUUAUUUAARGGAAAUAGAGAUUAAGUUGCUCCAUGUAAAAAAGAACAAUCCCCUUGCACCAGGGAGAGCCCUGAUCUGUAGCUUGAAAGGUAGCUGUGCUUUUGCAUUUUGCCUGGAAAAUGGUGAGCUUGYAAAGAUCUUCUCUCACUGAUACUUGUAAGACAUCAUUUUAAGSUUAUUGUUUGUUGUWGAGGCAAAGCUGUCCUUUCAAAUUAGUGCAGAUAACUACUCGGACCACUGUUUCSAGCAUUGGUAUAGUUAAUUUUUUUACYUKAUGAAUGUUGUUAUAAAUUGCUGCAAUCAAUAAGAUAUUUGAAUUGUUCCAGGAAUUGAUGGUAAUGGGUGGCAAUGCAGGCACCAAGCCACCCAGCAGGAAAAGAGUUCCAGGAAAAUAUUGAUUGACAAAUAAAUCCAAUUAUUAUUGUCUAAUGGUAUUUCCCAAAUAUAUUUCUGUAUGACAUAAGAACUUUUUUUUAAAUAAAGUUGUUUUAUUUUCCUUGA